AUACACUCCAAAGUUACUAACAAUCAUCAAGGUGAAGCACAAUGCGCUCCAGCUCUCCGUUCUCGCUUCCUGCUCUAUAUCUGCUACAGCUUUGCCUGAGCGUCGCUGCUUUCAGCGUCUUGCCCAAAAUUGACGGCGAUACCACUCAGCUGGCCUGCUUCAACGGCUCUACUACCCUCAUCUUCAAUGAGACCAGACCGUAUCCUUUCAAGCUCUUGAUGGGCAAACAGCAGAAAUGGCGCUUGAGCUUUCGUCUCUAUGACUCUGAUCAACACACUCCGGAUCAACCAGGUCCAGAUAGAAUUACUCUUUACAAUGUGGUCGUCAAGGGUAAAACAAAAUCAACAGUGCUUUUCUGUCACAAGCCGGGCAAAGGAUCAAGAACAGACUUCGAGAUCCAUUAUCCAGCAGCGAGUGAUUACGAGAAAUGUCAAGUUGUUCUCGACGAGCAGAUCAAUGGCAAACCUCGAACAAUCAACCAAAUUGCUUGCACCAACUGAAGAGCUGGGGCUCUUGGUGGCCCUGGGUGUGCAUCACAGAUCGCAGUUUGACCUUGAAAGAUGCCCACGAUAGACUCAAUUGACAAUUGGCCAAUGAAAGGUCAGAGUCUUGAUAUGUCGUAGCUGCAUAGAC